UCUCUCUCUAACAAAUAAUUUUUGGUUUUCCGAAGUUCCAUUAAAUCGCAUAUUCUGCAAUUUGUACAAAGCUUUUUCCAUUCCCCAAAACCAUUAGAAAACUCACUCUACUUCUCCGAUCGCUGAUUUUCUUCUCAUUUGCGUUUAUACUGAGGGCGAAGAAACAAGGUCAAAAAAGGAGAGCGCGGAAUGGGACAAGCGUUUCGCAAACUCUUCGAUACUUUCUUCGGCAACUCUGAGAUGCGGGUUGUGAUGCUUGGGCUGGAUGCUGCCGGCAAGACAACUAUAUUGUAUAAACUUCACAUUGGAGAGGUUUUAUCGACGGUGCCUACUAUUGGUUUUAAUGUGGAGAAGGUUCAAUAUAAAAAUGUGAUGUUUACAGUGUGGGAUGUGGGCGGACAAGAGAAAUUAAGACCCUUGUGGAGACAUUACUUCAAUAAUACAGAUGGGCUGAUCUAUGUUGUGGACUCUCUAGAUCGAGAGAGGAUCGGGAGGGCAAAGGCAGAAUUUCAGGCCAUCAUCAAAGACCCCUUCAUGCUUAAUGCUGUUAUAUUGGUCUUCGCAAACAAGCAAGACAUGAAAGGAGCAAUGACACCAAUGGAAGUUUGCGACGGGCUAGGGCUAUACGAUCUAAAACAUAGAAAAUGGCACAUACAAGGCACUUGUGCUCUCAAAGGCGAUGGUUUGUACGAGGGGUUGGACUGGUUGUCAAGCACUUUGAAAGAGCACAAGGCUGCUGGAUUUUCUUCAGUCGGCCCUUCAUUCUAGCCAAGGUUGAAACUCGAUUUCCCGUCUCACAACUCUUUGGAAAGUAAACAAGCUUGUACUUAAAAAAAAAAAGUAACUACUACUUUUGUGAUGCCGUUUUUUUCUUUUUUUAAUCAAUCAAUCAAUUUGUAAAUUGGGGAUACCUAAAUUCUGAAAUUUUUGUCCCGUUUUCGGCAUGUGUUUCUGGACCUUUAGCAGUGUGUAUUAGCUGCUUACUGAAAAAAGCCUUGAAGAUGAAGGUGAACUGCGGGUAGUUUUCUUACAGUGUGGAUUCAUGUUAAUACAAUGUCCCUAGUAAUACUUCUGAAAAUUGUAGUAGGAAAUUUCAUCA